UAUUGAAGUUUGACAAUCCUGGCUCGUCGUUGUCCGUGCCACUCUAGUCAUUUUCAGCAAAAUGGGGGUACGGUAGGAUGCAUUCUUUCGUGUUGAAUUGCGGGAAGAAACUGUGUCAUUUCUAAUAUCUACGUUAAUAAUAAGUAUCAUUUGCGAUUACAAUGAGGUUAUUCGAGGCCACUUAAAAAAAAGAAGGACGAUUUUAUAAUAAUUAUUAGUUCGUGUUCGUUCGUUCGUUCGUUCGUUCGUUAGCAAAAAUAAAAAAUAAAAAGUAAAAAAAAAAAAAAAAAGAAAAAAAGAAAGAAAAAAAAGAAAAAAGAGAGAGAGAGAGAGAGAAAGAAAAAAAGUAAAAGGGAGAAAAAAAAGAAGAAAAAAAAAGAAAAUAGGAAGAAGAACAAAUUCGAUCGAGUGCGUCAAGUGCCUAACUUCGUGUCGUCGUCGUCGUCGUUGUCGUCGUCGUCGUCGUACGGUGGAUUUGACACUUUGAAGAAAAAAAAAAAAAAAAAAAGAAACAAAAGGAAAAAGAUACAAGGAAGAAAGAGAGAGAAAAAAAAAAAGAAAAAUAGAAAAAGAACUCGCUGUAUCGCACCUUCUUUCCCCCUCCCCCCAUACCCGAACUCCCCUCCUCUUUCUCUCUCUCUCUUUUACAUUUCUUUAUAUUCGUCUUAUUUAACUUAUUCUCCUGGGAUAUACGUUUUUUUCACGAUCAAUUAAUUAAUCGCUUAUUGGAGUUGUGUCGAAGCUCGUUAUGUCUGGAAAUCAUAAGACGGUGAUUAAGUGUCCUUCGGAGUACGUCAAGUUGAAUAUCGGUGGUUCGUUACAUUAUACGACAUUGGGCACAUUGCAAAAACAUGACACGAUGUUACGCGCCAUGUUCAGUGGUCGUAUGGAGGUUCUUACCGACUCCGAAGGAUGGAUAUUAAUUGAUCGGUGUGGGAAACAUUUUGGUACAAUUUUGAAUUUCCUAAGAGACGGCUCAGUUCCAUUGCCAGAAAGUGCGAAAGAGAUGGCCGAACUUUUGGCAGAAGCUAAAUACUAUUGUAUCAGCGAAUUAGCCGAAUCGUGCGAGCAGGCACUUCUUAGGAAAGAACGCGAGGCAGAAUCCAUUUGUACCGUCUCAUUAAUAACGUCUCAAAGGGAAGAACAACUUCUUAUAAGUAAUACUGCUAAGCCAGUAGUAAAACUUAUUAUAAAUAGGCACAAUAACAAAUAUUCAUAUACAAGUACAUCAGACGACAAUCUAUUAAAAAAUAUAGAAUUAUUUGAUAAAAUGUCUCUUAGAUUUAAUGGUAGGGUGCUAUUUAUCAAGGAUGUAAUUGGUUCAAGUGAAAUUUGCUGUUGGACAUUUUAUGGCCAUGGUCGUAAAGUAGCCGAAGUAUGCUGCCAUUCAAUUGUAUAUACAACCGAUAAAAAACAUACAAAGGUUGAAUUUCCAGAAGCUCGCAUUUAUGAGGAAAUGUUAAAUAUUUUAUUAUACGAGCAUCGUAAUGGACCCGAUCAAGAAUUAAUGCAAGCAACGUCUUCUCGCGGUGCUGUAGGUGGUGCACCACCUUGUACGUCCGACGAAGAAGAGGGUGAGCGUUCCGGUUUGGCUCGCCUUCGCUCCAACAAACAAAAUACCAACUGACCCAACCUUACCGUCCUUAACCCGCAAUAUCCAGCAAUCUGUACAAUUUUUAAUGUUGUUCGCUCUCUUAAAACUCGAACUAAUAUAAAAUAGGAUACAUAUAUAUAUAUAUAUAUAUAUAUAUAUAUAUAUAUGUAUGUCUGUAUAUAUGUAUAUAUACAUAUACAUAUAUAUAUAUAUAUAUCAGUUAAAGACAGGAAAUGCAACACAUAUGCAUACGCUAAAAAAAUUCAAUGUUAUGUGCCCUUGCUCCUUUUUCUCUAUCUCUUUUUCUUUUUUUCCUACAUAAAAGAAGUAUACGUAAACUAUAAUGCUAAAAAGUUCUCAACAAAAUGACAGUCUAUAUCUCAUUGAAUUUUACAUUGCAAUAGUAUUUCUUUCUUUUUUCUUUUUUGUUGUUGUUGUAACGGUGUAUCUUAAUUCCUAACGUGUUUAGAAUAGCAUUCAAAUUGAUAUCAAAGCAGAAUGACAAAGUCAUAUUUAGAUAUAUUCUACCUGUUUAUCACUAAAGUAAAAAUUUAUUACAUUUUUUCAAACUUUUGUCAUAAGAAAUAUAUAUGAAAAAAAAAAAAAAAAAAAAUAUAUAUAUAUAUAUAUAUAUAUAUAUAUAUACAUACAGGAGAUUAGAUAUCUAAGUACUUUUUAUGUGCCAAACAUUAUAUUACAAAUCUAAAUUGUCAUUCUGCAAUGAAUGGAAUUACUAAAUUACAAUGCAUUUUAUAUCAUAUUAGAAUUGCACUGUUACCUCUGUUAUGAGUAUUAGAUAUACUGUUAUUAUUAUUACUUUUAUUAUUUCUAUUAUUUCUAUUAUUUCUAUUAUUAUUAUUAUUAAUAUUAUUAUUAUUAUUAUUAUUAUUAUUAUUAUUAUUAUUAUUAUUAUUAUUACUACAAUCAUCAUCGUCAUUUAUUGCUAUUACCACCAUCCCUGCAACUACUUUUCAAUUAGUAUUACUACUUUAUUAAUAUUAUCAUCAUCAUCAUUAUGAUCACUAUUGCUUUCAAUGACUUUGUCAUUUUCAUUAUCAUUACGAUUUAUUUUUUGGUAUUAUUAUUAUUAUUAUUAUUAUUAUUAUUAUUAUUAUUAUUAUUAUUAUUAUUAUUAUUAUUGUUGUUUUAUCAUCACUGUCAUCAUCAUUGAACUUAAUCAUGAACUCAUAUAUGCAAAAUGAAUUGUUAAUUCCUCAUCAUGCAUUGAGGAAUUUGUCAAAUGAAAUGCAUAUAUUUUCUAAUAUUUGUGAUAGAAACAAUUUAAUUAUGUCGUAAUUGUUGAGAAAGAAAAAAAAAAGGAAAUAAUGAAUUUUAUCUCUUUACUAAUAUGUAAUUAUAUUCUUCAUCAUUGACGAGGUGCUUCUUUAAGUUUUUGUUUUCAAGCUAUGUUAUAAUUAUUUCAGUAAGAGACUUAAAACAACUGAUUGCUAAUUUCGGGUAUUUAUUGAUUUAUUAUUUACGCACGAGUAAUUUGUAGAUUAUAUGAUUUAAUACAUUUACGUUUUAUAACUUAAAUAAUUUUGUACGUUCCUUUUUUUAUUUUGUGUUACUUUUUUUCUUUUUUUAUUUUUUUUUAUUUAACAUGAAUGAAACAUCCGGCCUAUUAGCUUUAAUGAUUUUUAACAAUUUGUUUGAAUCUAUUUUUUUUUUUUUUUUUUUUUUUUUUAUAAAAGAAAAUUUUUCAAAUGGAGUUCAAUAGAUUUUGGAUUUGCUAGUAUUUAUGGAUGUGUUUUUUUAACAGGAACAUUAUGCCUCUCUUAAACUAUGAUUGUUUAAUUAUUGUCAUUCGAUUAUUAUCCCGUAUCAUAUACUUUAUUAUUUCUGAUUCUAUAUCAUACAUUUUUAACACUUUUGAUUUAUUAUAUAUAUAUACACACACACACACACAUAUAUAUAUAUAUAUAUAUAUAUAUAUAAUUUAAUGAAUUAAAACUUUUUCUAAAUUUCAUUAGGAUGCAAAGCAUGAAGUUUUCUUUUUUUUUUUAUGUAUAUAUAUGUAUAUUUCUUUUUUUUUUUUUUGAGUGCUUAUACGUUUAAACAAAAUAUCAGGAUCGUUGAUUAUUAAAAAGAAGACUGCAAACAAUAAUUCUUAGACUGCUUGAAUAAAGCAAAGUUGUAAAUUUUAUUUGAAUUCAACAAUAAUUAACCAUUAAGUGCUUCUCUUCUUUCUAUUAGGUCGUUGCAUAAUUUCUUUGUCCUAUUGUCAUUAAUUAAACAUACAUACUUUCACUUUUAAAGUCAUAUAAAUUUUAUCCAAAAAAAAAAAAAAAAAAAAAAAAAGAAAAAAGAAAAAAGAAAAAGGAAAAACAAAAUAGAAAUUAUACAGCAA